AUGAGCGAUCUCGACAAAGCGAUCGCGCAGCUGCGCUCGUGCCGCCCCAUCCCGGAAGACCAAGUGCGAGAGCUCUGCCACCGUGCUAGAGAGCUUCUUAUCGAAGAGGGCAACGUUGUCACCGUGACGGCGCCGGUAACGAUAUGCGGCGAUAUUCACGGUCAGUUCCAUGACCUGAUGGAGCUUUUCCGCGUCGGCGGCGACGUUCCCGAUACCAACUAUCUCUUCAUGGGUGACUUUGUCGACCGUGGCUUCUACUCUCUCGAAUCAUUUCUCCUCCUCCUCUGCCUCAAAAUCACGACAGUGUAUGGGUUUUAUGAUGAGUGUCUUCGCAAGUACGGCAGCGCAAAUGUAUGGCGCUAUUGCUGCGACGUAUUUGAUUACCUCGCUCUCGGCGCCAUUGUUUUGGGUGCCUCCAGCACGCUCUCUCCCGGCUCGCCAGAGGACGACGACACCGAGAUUGAAGUUUGCGAUCAGGCCGGCUCUAUAAUCAGCCGGUUUCCCCGACAGCCCGCCAAUCAAUCUUCCCAAGAGAAACUCGACAACUCCAAUAAAGCUACAGUGGACAAGACGGGUCCACCCGGCACAGGAGCAUCUGGAUCCAGCAGUGGCAGCGUGGGAAACCCUACGGGGGCUAUCCUCUGCGUGCAUGGCGGAUUGAGUCCUCUGGUCGACACAGUAGAUAAGAUUCGACUCAUUGAUCGUAAACAAGAGGUACCUCACGAGGGAGCCAUGUGCGACCUUUUGUGGUCUGAUCCGGAUGAAAUCGACGGCUGGGGUCUCUCUCCCCGAGGAGCUGGAUUCCUCUUUGGGGCCGAUAUUGUCAAAGUCUUCAACCACCGAAACGAUCUAAGUCUCAUUGCCCGUGCGCAUCAGCUUGUUAUGGAAGGGUUUAAGGAAAUGUUUGAUGCUUCCAUUGUUACCGUCUGGUCUGCUCCUAAUUACUGCUACCGAUGUGGCAAUGUCGCCGCCGUGCUGGAACUCACCGAGGACGAAUCAGGCACUGGCAUCUUCCAGAGAACAAAUGGAGACGUCGGCCGUAGUUCCGGUGGCAUAGUUGAGCCGAGAGGUGGUCCCAAGAAUGGCCCUGCUCGACGGUAUCGCGUGUUUCAAGCCGCGCCACAGGACUCUAGGGGGAUGCCUGCCAAGAAACCAGUUGCAGAUUAUUUCUUGUGA